UUUAAUAAGUAUUAAUUUGACAGUUUAAACGUCAACAUAACCUAUAAAAUAUUCUUCUUAUAAAUCAACAUGGAAUCGGACGAUCAAAAAGAAUUGGAAAUUAAUAAAUCCGAUGAAGAAGAUGUAACAACAGACGAAAGAGAUCGAAUCAGAAAAGAAUUAUCAACAAUGUCCUUUGAAGAUCUCCAAAAAUUGAAGGAAAAAAUUGGUGAUAAAGUCUACAACGAAACCGUUUACGGCGUUAAAAAACAAACCAAAAAAACCCAAUUUAAAAGAACCAACAAAAACAGACCCAGAGAAAUGAGUUCUAAACGUCCGAUUAACAUAAAAAAAGCAAUCAUUGAGACAAAAACCACACCGCAAUUUCGCGAUCCCCGUUUUGAUCCUUUAUGUGGAAGUUACGACGAUAAAUACUUUAAAUCCAACUACAAAUUUUUAUAUAACAUGCGAAAAGAUGAAUAUAAACAAUUAAAGGAGGAGUACGAAAACACCGAGAACGUUGAGCAAAAGGGAAAAAUAAAGUUUUUAAUGCAACGGCUGGAUAAUCAAAUUCGUGAGCACGAAAAACAGAAUCAAUUAAGGGAGGAACAAGAAAAUGAAAAGAGGGAAAUGCGCCAACAAUUUAGAAGGGGGGAGAGACCUGUUUUUAAGAGAAAAUCCGAGAAAAAAUUGGACGGUUUAGUGCAGAAAUAUGAAGAUUUGAAGAAGAAUAAUAAAUUGCAGAAACACCUGGAGAAGAAAGCUAAACAAUUAGUUUCCAAAGAGAAAAAGAGAGGUUAUUUGUAAUGUUAAUUGAAAUAAAAUAAGUUUAAAUUUAA